AUGGUCGUUGUCGCCACAAUCGGGAGUCCACACGGCUCAUGGCUACUGCUGCUGCUCGUCGUCUUGAUUGGUUUCCCGCAUGCGCUGGCGCAGCAGGUCUCACCAGCUCCAUCAUUGUCUGCAUCUUCGAGAGCACCGCUGCCGCCUUCCACGACAAGAUCAGCGAUCCCAGGUCGAGCCACAUCCAUCUACAACGCUACCGUUAAUGCAGUAGCUCUGAACGACUCGAUCAUUGCAAGAUCACGCAUCGACCUCAAUGCUACUCAAGGUGCUUUCUUUAACUUUACUCUGCCACCAACCGCUUUCUCUGAAGACAAUCGAACAGCGACGGUAUGGACAUCAGUAUCGCUCUGCAGUGGACCCGCUAUUCCGCCGUACAAUACUUCGAACACAACACUGCUAGAAUCCAUAGACAAGACAGCGACACAAGCCCGUCGAUCAACACUGGCAUCGCUGUGGAUCUCGGACAAUGAACUCUUUCAGCAGCCUGGACCUGCUAACGCGAGCGUAUUGGAUUCCAAUAACAUCGGCUAUGCGCAAGGCGGCUGGACAUCCGUGGAGGUGGACGUGCAGCAGAGCGGCGACAACAGCUCAGAGACACUCUGGAUUGGCGUUUGGCCCCCUGCUGACAGUCGCAAUGUCACACCAGGAACUUACCAGUUUCAAAUCGUUGCGAGCACACGUGCAAAGAUGGAGUCGGUCGACUAUACUCGCAGACCGACGAUAGACGACACUGACCAGACUCGCGCAUUGAUAUCCUCCUUCAACUAUACGACAACUUCACCGCCGACUCUGGAUGCUAUCGUGCUCCCGACGUUUGGGAGCAACUCGUUAGCGGACGCGGACUACUUCAACUCAUCCUUCUGCGCCAUCGCUGACGCAUGGUCGGAUGUGCUGAACAGCAACCAGCCAGUCUCGAUCAAUAGAAGCGACACGAGACGAGGGACUGAAGCUAGUAUGCAGGACGACACACGACGUCGAUUUGAGGUGUCGGGCUUAGAUGCUGGCACCAAUUACACGGUUUGGCUUGUCGAGACUACCAAUCUGGAGCAAGGCUCGGCACAGAGCGUCAGCACCACCCUCUUCCCAGCUAUCAAGAUGAAGACCAAACGCAGCGACAACUGUCGACUCGUGUACGAUGUACCCUUCUGCCCCAAUGUGGCCUAUUCGAUCCCGGUCAACCCAUCGGUCUCGACUACAACAGCAUUGUCCGCAGUGGAAGAGUUUGUCACGCCUCAAUACUCAAAUUUCAGCAUGAUGAUCGACACCUUCCCUUGCGGCGAUCGCGACUUUGGCAUGUAUUCGUACGUGCAGACGUGCGACAAGUGUAAGAAGUCGUAUCAAGACUGGCUUUGCGCCGUUGCGAUGCCAAGAUGCACAGAUCCUCUGGAGGAUCCAGAAACGCAGUCUCGCGCAACACAGGACAGCACCCAGUUGACUGGUGCACCAACCGGUCUUAACACCAAGCUGCUCCCUUACAUCGUCAAUCGCAAUGGCAACGGCAGCAGUGCGCUCACUUCGCGCCACGACUUCAUCGAUAAGCAGCUUCGACCCGGUUUCUAUGGCGAGCUAUUGCCUUGCAUCUAUACAUGCUACUUUGUGGAGCGUACGUGUCCGCCAUUAAUUCAAUGGGCCUGUCCCGUAUGGGAUGUCACGGCACAGCGCGAUUACGGGACCUUUGCCGACAGUGGACCUGAAGGUAUCGGAGCAGCCGAGAAUGGAGGAUCGGGCAAAGACGGGAUGCGUUGGGGAGGAUAUCAACGCUACAUAGCCACAGAUGCAUUCGGAAAUACCUAUUGCAACUCGAUGGGCGUCGACUUCUUGCUGCGCGAAUCCAACGCAGCUUCGAGCAGGUGCUCUUCAGCUGUGGCCAUCUUGUUUGGCACAUCCGCCAUUGCGGUAACAACAUCGCUAUUGAUCACUUUCGCAUUCUAA